GUGUAAUUUACAAACUUUUCCAAAAUGGCUCCACAUGUCAGAAAUAGGUUUUUGUGAGUAUGUUUAUUGUGACAUUUUAUGUCUCAUUGUAACCGAGAAAGAAAGACUUUGUAGUACGACAAGAAUUGUACGAUAGUAAUAUAACUUAUCUAGCGCGCUAGAUUUCUUUCACGUGCAAAUUUGGAAUGUAUCGGCGCGGUGGGGGCAAGAGGGACCACAAUAACAAGCCAGUGAAGAAGGAUGAGAGUGACAGCAAUAAAUAUGCCGAGCUUCUCGUGUUCGGCUAUGCCUGCAAGCUGUUCCGGGAUGACGAGAGGGCUCACUUCCACGAGCAGGGCAAACAGCUCAUCCCAUGGAUGGGGGACAAGAACAUCCUGAUUGAUAGGUAUGAUGGGCGCGGUCACUUGCAUGACCUCUCGGAGUACGACACAGGCUCGUGGAACAGAGACUACCAGCUGUCCGAGGAGGAGGCCAGAAUCGAGGCCCUGUGUGAUGAGGAGAGGUACCUGGCCAUGCACACAGACCUUCUGGAGGAAGAAGCCAGACAAGAGGAAGAAUACAAGCGUCUUAGUGAAGCUCUGGCAGAUGAAGGCACCUAUAACGCAGUGGGCUUCCGCUACAGCGCAGACUACUACGACCCUUCUCAACCCACUGAGGAAGAGGAGGCCAACAGGGAGAUGGAGGAAACAGAGCCGCAGGAGAGUGAGGAACCCUUCGUGGCGCCCCCGGGCCUGGCGAUCCCCCCCGAUGUGGAGCUGCCAGCGACCACCAAAACCCAUGCCAUCAUUGAGAGGACCGCCAACUUUGUGUGCCAGCAGGGGGCCCAGUUUGAGAUUGUUUUGAAAGCCAAGCAGUCUGGCAACUCCCAGUUUGACUUCCUGAACUUCGAACACUACCUGAACCCCUACUACAAACACAUCCUGAAGGCCAUGAAGGAGGGCCGCUAUACCUCCGCCGCCGACAAGCAGGAUUUACAGGACUCUGAUGAUUCUGAUGAUGAUGGGGAUGGCAACUACCUUCACCCCAGCCUGUUUGCUCCUAAGAAGAGCUCUCGCCUUGAGGAGCUGAUGAAGCCUCUCCAAGUCAUGGACCCAGACCAUCCACUGGCAGCGCUGGUCCGGAAAGCCCGACAGGAACAGAACGGAGCCGCCGCUGCUGUAGCUGCCGCCGCCAUGGCAACCAAGCCAGUGGAAGUGCCCGCAGAGCUGGCUGUGCCAGCCACACUGGCAGAGUACACAGCUGACCCUAACAUAGCAGCGAUGUAUUAUGGGUACUGCAUGCUACCUGAUGGGACCUACUGCCUGGCUCCGCCUCCCCCAGGGGUAGAUGCCAACGCUUACUACAGCUCCCUACCCUCUGGCAGCAUGCUGGCCGCGCCCUCUUACUCUGGAGCCCCGCCCCCUCCAGGGACCACGCCCCCUCCACCUCCUGAGCCAACCACACGGUUCAUCUACACGGCACCUCCGACUAGAUUUCCCAUUAUCCCACCGCCAACUACAGUUCCCAGCCAGGUUCCAGUCCGCCUCUCAACUCCUCCUGCUCCUGUUGUACCUGCUGCUAUCAUACCAGAGACCAGUUCGCGGCCCCCUGCUCAAGUUGCUGUGGCAGCGCCGGCCAUCAUUCCCCCUCCCCCUGACAUCCAACCGGUUAUUGACAAACUGGCUGAGUACGUAGCCAGGAACGGUGUCAAGUUUGAGACCAGCGUCCGCGUCAAGAAUGACCCGAGGUUUGACUUUCUGCAGUCCUGGAACCAGUACAACACCUAUUAUGAGUUCAAGAAGCAUUACUUCAUGAAGAAAGAGGGAAUCAGCCUGCCUGAGUGUGGCUCUCCAUCAGACAGAGUGGGCCCAGCAGAGGGGGAGACUGAUGGCGGCAGCGUGGGUAACUGUCCCUCUGACAAAUUGAUGGAGGGCAAGCUACUUAAAGCGUCCUUUGCGCCGAUCUGUUUUGCCAUCAAAGCCAAAGAAAUUGACAUGCUGCUGCUGGAGAAGAACCGUGUGCGGCUGGACGACGACUCGGACGAUGACCUGGACAAGUUGCUGGGGAGGAGGGACUGCAGAGGUCCCUGCACCCCCCGCCCCGAGGAGAAGAGACCCACUCUCACCCUGGAGGAGCUGGAGGCUAAACAAGCCAAGCUGAAGUUGGAGGACCGUCUAGCUGCAGCCGCCAGGGAAAAGCUGGCCCAGGCCUCCAAGGAGUCCAAGGAGAAGCAGCUGCAGGUGGAGAGGAAGAGGAAGGCAGCCCUGUUCCUCCAGACCCUCCGGAACCCCCUCACUGGAGAGCCUGAGACCAGACGGCCCGACGAGACCCCUGCCAUGCCUGAGCCACAGCUGCCAAAGUUCCCAGUGGCCACCGUCGUCUCUGUCCCCCCUCCGUUGGCUUCCAGAGCACCUGUGUACCCUGCUGAUCAAAGACCCCCUGACGCCAAAUCCUUCAAAAGCAAAGAGCCCCCCUCUUCCUCCCUCCUGCUACCCACCUCCUCAUCCUCCUCUACCUCCAGAAGACCGGCGAAGGUGCGGGACAGAGCGAAAGGAGACAGAGACAAGAAGAAGAAGAAACACAAGAAGAGGUCACCGGCGAGAUCGCGGUCUCGCUCCAAGUCGCGGUCCAAAACCAAGCAUGCCCUGCCCAGCGCCUACAAAACAGUCCGCAGGUCUAGGUCUCGCUCCAGGUCCCCUGGGAGGAAGAACAGGGGGGACAGAAGGGCUCGCUCAUCUGAGAGGAGGCGUGAGGAGAGGGAGAGGGAGCGCUAUGGCCCUGCCGCCUGUCGCCUUGGCAACAACCUCGCUCUGCCCAGGAGGCACUCCAGAUCCAGGUCCCCUCAUGAGAAGAGGAAGAGUAAGAGUUCUAGGGGCCAGCUCCAGAACAAGGGCUCCUCCUGUUCCCCCUCCUCAUCCCCCGGCAGAGCCAAGAAGUCCCCCAGCGCCUCCCCUCCCACAAGCCCCACCUCCAGCCUCUCCAGGGACGGCUCACAGGAGAAAGAUAAACAAGUUCCCUCAACCGUCUCCUCCAUGCAGUCCAAAAUCACUCAGGAUCUGAUGGCUAAGGUACGUGCCAUGCUGGCUGCCCCUAAGACCUUCCAGCCCAACACUUCCUGAAGAGGCUUAGCUUUAUAGCAGCUGAUUGGAAAAAGGGUGGAGCUUCACCAUGUCUGCCUCUCUAUGACGACAGCCUCCAGCGACAGGCCCUCAGCCAAUCAGCAGGCAGCGUCUUUUUCCUGGAACUGUUUCCUCUGUCUGACUUUUAUUUAAUCUACUUUUGAUACUUAACUGUGUGAGCGUAUCGACAGUAUAUUUCAAAUGGCAGUAGAUGUGAAGCGAGCAGAGUAGAUUAGCUCGUAAAUCAACUACGUGGGACUGUUCUACGUGUCGAGAGAGUGCCUGCAUCACAGCAAUGGUCACGCAGCAACCUGUUAAAGUUUGGAUGCCCCUGUUCCCAACAUCUGUUUUCAGCACGAAUAAAGACAACAGAGCUUCAAAGCGCAGAAAUAAUUAAUAAAGUAAAUUGCAUCUUUCAAAAAACGAAUUCUAUGUUCUCCAAAUUGAUGACAGAGAGCUUUGCAGUGUAAUUGUGCAGCUGCCAGAGCGCCUGAAUGCUAUCCUUCUGUGAAGGAUUGUUUUCUUCAUUUCUUUCUCACUUUCUCCCUCUUCAUCUCUUUCCAUCUCCCUAUGUCUCUUCAUUUCUCAUUCUCUUUCUCUCACUCUUUUGCCAGGUCAGUUUUAAGCUGGGGUCUCUGUUUCCAGUCUGUUGUCAAUCACUUCCAGUGUGUGGCCUUCAAUUUUUGUUUCUAAGUUUGUACAUGGCUGAUUGUGGAGCUGCUUUCUUAACACAAACUGUCAAUAAAGUUUGAAUGAUGAUUUA